AUGAACACUGAUCUAUGUGCCUCGCCGGUCAUGAUAUCAGUCUCACCAUAUGCAACACCUCACGCUCCUGAUGCUAUUGAGAGCCCAUUUUCCAAGCCUGGCAUAUCACCCCCAACAGCAAGUGUUGCUCAGCGACAGUUCAUGCACCACAGAACAACCAGGAAGAAUUUUCCGUACCCUCCUCGCCGCAGCAUCUUUCCAGCAUCAGUGGAGGUUGAUUAUUCAGCGCACGUCAUGGGUCGAGGAUACCAGCCAGAAUUCUCAUUGGAAGCAACCCAGAAGAGUGAGGAACAGUUGGAAAGAGGCCUCUCGCAAAUGAGUUCUCCAACUGUAUACAAGGGAUACAGAGCAAGGCUUGCAGCUCGUGAGGCUGCGUGCCAGCGCCUGCUAUUAACAGCGUGGGAAAUUGAAGAGGCUGAGCGUUUCGCAACAUUCAUCAAAGCCAUCCAUACUGAAAAUGAAAGAUGGUUCGGAAUGGUGGAAGAAGAACUGCAGGACUUCAGGAGAAUGUUUUCUCAGCAUGGCCAAGAAGAAGUCGCAGGUAACAAAAGUUAUCUUCAAGCUGUCUAUGAGGACAAAUGCGAGGUCCUUCGCAUCAUUAGUGUCCAGGCUGAUCAGGUCGGGCAGCUCUUGGGCAAACAUGUCAAGGAGAAUUUCUUGCAAUCUACUGGGAAAUCCUUCCGGCAGCCUGGUGCUGGAAUUUUCUGUGCUGGCAAUGGGGUUCACCUCGAGGAGUCAGAUGAGACCUCUGAAGGAUCAGACGACUUGGGUUCUUGCCGUGAUGGGAAUCUGGAUGACUCGGAUGUUGCCACCGAAGAGUUAGAUGACUAA